AUUUUGCCGGGAUGAUAAGAUAAAUAUUUUACAUAUGUCCACAGGUGUAACUUAACUAGUCAUGGCUUCCGUAGAGUGUCCUCGGGACCAAAAUGAAUGGAAGGAACGGUCCAAACACUGUGUGUCAAAUGAACAGAAUUAUCAUUGUCUGAAGGACGAAUACGGAGACUUUGUCAAUGCUUGUGUCGAUUCGAUCUGGAUUCAACCAGGAAGAUGUCCGGUCUUUAUAAGUGAGGAACAUCGACUGGAAUCUGUCGUCUGCAAGUCUACCAAUUACACGUGUCCUGAGAACACUUAUAGUUCUAACGAAGUCUUCAAAUAUCCUGCCUGCACUAUGAGCACUCACCAAAGAACAACAUCCAUUACAUAUUCUCUCAUAAUGAAUAAUCAGUCCACGACGGCGCCCACUCCCCAAGAGGAGUCCACUUCCUGUGGACCGGCAUGUAUGGGCAUCGCUGUAGCGGUACCCAUUGUGGUUAUCUUACUGGUAGUAGGUGUGGUGGUCUUUGUUAUGAGGAGGAGGUCAGGAUCCAGGGGAGGGAAAAAGCAAAGUAUUCCAAGAAUGUUUCACAGGUUCAAGAAAGACAAAAGGAAGGAAGACACGCACAUUCACCUUGAUAAUGAGGAACAAGGGAAGAAGCUGCUAAGCAAGAAACUAAGUGAACCAGAUAUGGUCAAACCAGAUGACACGAAUCCAUUCUCAGAUGACACGAAUCCAUUCUCAGAUGAUAUGUUAGAUGACAAUGAUGAGGGAAACAGCCCCUGGAUGUGCUUCCUGAAGAGUUUAAAUUUAAAGGUGGAUAACCUGUAUAAACCCCCCAGUGCCGAGAAUCUGGGUUCCCGGUUACGGUCCCUAGAGGCACUGUCUAUAGUCGGCAAGUGGGGCAGCGGCAAGACGACUCUGGCAAAACAAGCUGUCCUCGACUGUGCCCUUAACUUCGUCAGCAGCACCUGUAAAUUCACGACUGUUCACAACAUAUCCGACUGGAAGAAAGGUGUGUACGAAAAUUGUACCUGUUUUGUUCUCCUCCAGGAUUGUAUUAAGGAGUGGUACGCACCGAGUCAGGUGGAGGAGUUAGCUAAAGGACUGACUGAUUUGUUUCUGAAUGCUCGUGGUAAAUGUUUUGUAAUUCUCGCCGUGCGAGACACGGUGUGGGAGAAAUAUGAAAAUGUAUUAUCGCAGUGUGAAAUCUUAAAAGACACAAGACUGCAUUUUAUGCGAGACAAGGAGACUCUUUGUUCAAAAGACUUUAGGGAAAUUUUGUCCAAACAAUUACAAGCUAACAACGCCAGUGUCCACAUUUCCGAGAGUAUCCCUAUUGAUGACAAAUCUAAAGAAGCGGCUUUAAGUUCAACAAAAGCUGAACUUCUAGUUUCCAAAGAAAAAUGUGUCAUAGGAUUACCAGAAUUGAUGGCAUUCUCGUGCAAGAACCGUCGAGUUUUAGCGAAUGUCGAAAGAUUCUGUGCAGAACCUUUUAGUGUCAUAAAAGACGACUUGAAACAAAUGUCAGAAUCACCGAAAGUUUCCGAGAAGCAUAAGUUCGUGGCCUUAACAUACGCUAUGAUUCACAAUGGCAGCUUCCGUCUUGACAAUUUAAACCAACACCUACUGAGGUCUAUACGCACCAUUUUUGCUGUGUUCAGUCCGCCUGAUGAUUAUUUUGAAGAAGCGGUAGAAAAACUAAUGGACGACUACAUUGAAAUAAGUGUGGAUAAAGAAACUUACUACAUCCAACACGAAAUCAUUAGUAGAAUUAUUUUUGAAAUUGUUGCCGAGAGUAAGAUGGAGUUUUUGAUCCAGAACUGUGACUCCAGGCUUCUGUUGAACUGUAUCAGACCUGCCACAUUCUCAUUCUCGUCCAUUUUCGGUAAAUUAAACAAAGAGUUGGUUGUAGGAAUUGAAUCAAGUCAACACCAAGCGCUUUGUGAGAGGUUCAAGGAACUAGAAAAAGGAGGUGAAAACGAGGUUCGCAAACACGUGAUCAUGGAAGACGCGGGAUUCCAGAGACUUAUGAUGUCCUAGGACGUCAAAGCUGAUUCAGAAACAUAUUUCUAUUAAUAUUUAACAUAUCUUAAUAGCAUACUGCCUGGGUAUUCUAAUCUUUUCAUAGCAAUAUGUUAGCCUCUUUCUGUGUAAAAAAAAAAUGCAAAGGUUAUGCCGGGUAUUGCAAGGUCAAUAUUUGUACGACAUCAUUUUAGUAUCUAUACCUGCUUGAUAUCCAGAAACACAAAUGUUUUAUCCAAAUAAUAUCUGCUGAUACUAAAUGUUUUUAAAGUUUUUCAACGCCGUGUUUUUUAUUUAAAUGUCUUUUAAAUGAUUUAAAUCUUCACUGCCAGUAUAAAGUUUCGGACUAUGAAUUUCUGACGUAAAGAUACACGUUUGGAAAAGGGAAGAUGGAAAAAAUGUUUUUACAUCAAGGAGGUAAUUUGGAAUUUAAAGGGUGUGUUUUUAUAGUUUGAUAUACAUGUACUAGUAUCUGAACAAAUAAAAAAAAUUGUUUGAAUUCAAA